GGUGGUUCUGUUGAUGUGUUGAAACUAGUGCAAAUGAGUACUAUAGAAGAGGAUUACAAGCCUCCAGUAGAAUUUCAAGUGGAUGCCAAGGACCCUCUUGUUGACAUCUCUUUGACAGAUUCGACUGAGCUUUGGCUCAUCCAAUGGCCGAUUAAUCAACCUCCUGAUUUUGAUGGGCAAGAGGUGUCGCUAAAGCUCCAUCAUGAUGGACAGUUAGGCAGCUUUGAGAGUUCCUCUGGAAAAUCAUAUAAAUUGGUUAGCUUUGCAGCACAAGAACCAGAUGCUACAGUUUUCCUAUCCUCCCCGUCAGAGUCGAAAGUUGUCGGAAAGAUUUCACGUCGGGUUUCUUUAGUCCAUUACCCAGAACCUACAGAGUUGGAGAAACCCAUUGCUAAUCAUCCAAGCCGAUUGAGUCAGAGAUCGGGGACUUCCACCUAUACAUCCCAUCCCAUGGCAACUCCAACCCAUAGUCGCAAACAGAGAAGCCCACACUCGAGGAGUGGAAUGUCACAUAGUAUUGCAACGCCAUCAGUUAGUAGUAGACAUAAAAAUCCAUUGAUUGAAAAUGAGGUGCCAUCAAGAGGUGCGAAGAAAAGGAUUACUGUGGAGACCACAACAUCCAUGGAUCGUUCAACCCGAGAUUCAGGAGCAGGUCGGAGUGAUGUUACUUCUUUGGGUUCCUCUGAAAAUUCUCAUCGAAGAAAAUCGAGGAAGACUAGUAAAGAUGAGCAGUGAUUUUGUUUGCCCCCAGGUCUUGCUUGGUAACAAAUGACCUAUGUACCUUGGGGCUGCAAAUGCAAACGCUUCUUUGAGGAGCCCAAACAUGGCAGUGUCGUGUGCUAAUAUUUUUAUCCCUGUUUAUUGAGAAGUUUAUAUUGUUCAGGUGGUUCCAUGUUCAGUUUUCAGUUUUCAGUUGUAUCAGAUCUCCUCAAUGGGGUUGGAUGGUUGAACACAACGUUU